AUGGCGGCAGUAAAGCUUGACGGGACUGCGAUCGCGAAGAGCAUUCGGGAGGCGCUUCGUACCGAGAUUGCUGUGAAGCAGAAGGCCAAUCCUUUCUUCCAGCCCAGCCUCAAGAUCAUCCAAGUGGCCGAUCGGUCUGACUCAACAACCUAUGUUCGCAUGAAGUUGAAGGCCGCCGAAGAGGCUGGUAUUAAAUGCGACCUUAUCCACCUCCCAGAGUCUACGACGGAGUCUGAGAUUCUUGAGGAGAUUCUCCGGCUCAACAGAGACCCCAGCGUCCACGGCAUCUUGGUUCAGCUUCCUGUGCCAAAGCAUGUGUCGGAGUAUGCUGUCACGUCGGCUGUCGCCUUGGAGAAGGACGUCGAUGGUUUUGGCACCAACAACAUUGGCGAGCUUUCCAAACGCGGUGGCCGCCCUCUCUUUACCCCCUGCACGCCAAAAGGCGUGAUGCGCCUUCUCAAGGAAACUGGCAUCAGCUUGAGAGGCAAGCAUGCCGUCGUUGUUGGCCGCAGCGAUAUUGUCGGCAACCCGGUAGCCUACUUGCUUCGGCAUGCGGAUGCUACCGUGACCGUGUGCCAUUCGCAGACGGCCGAUCUUGCUUCCCACUUGAAGCUGGCAGAUGUAGUUGUUGCAGCCAUCGGCCAGCCGCAACUGAUCCAGGGUUCCUGGCUGAAGCCUGGUGCUGUCGUAAUUGACGUGGGAACGAACUUCAUUCCCGACGCAACCAAGAAAUCCGGUCAGCGCAUGGUUGGCGACGUUGAUUACGAGUCGGCGGUCCAGGUAGCGUCAUACAUCACACCUGUCCCAGGUGGUGUCGGCCCCAUGACUGUGGCCAUGCUCAUGCAGAACGUAUUCGAUGCGGCGGAUAACUAUUUCAAGAGCCAGAAGGACCGGCACAUUGUGCCGCUGCCUUUGAAGCUCCAGGAUCCUGUUCCUUCGGACAUUGCUGUGUCCCGGGCUCAACACCCGAAACAGAUCACGCGGGUGGCUGCCGAAAUUGGCAUCACUGAGGGCGAGCUCGAGCCGUAUGGUGCCUACAAAGCCAAGGUCGACCUCAGUCUCCUGAAGCGUCUUGGACACCGUCGUGACGGCCGCUACGUUGUGGUCACUGGCAUUACGCCGACGCCGCUUGGUGAGGGCAAGUCGACGACGACCAUGGGUCUUGCUCAAGCACUGGGCGCCCAUCUGGGUCGCGUCACGUUUGCCAAUGUUCGCCAGCCGAGCCAAGGUCCUACCUUUGGAAUCAAGGGCGGUGCCGCUGGUGGUGGCUACAGCCAGGUCAUCCCAAUGGACGAGUUCAACAUGCACCUGACCGGCGACAUUCAUGCGAUCACGGCUGCGAACAACCUCCUGGCUGCUGCCAUUGAGACCCGCAUCUUCCAUGAGAAUACACAGAAGGAUGGACCGUUGUACAAACGCCUCGUGCCGGCAAAGAACGGCAAGCGGGCGUUUGCCCCGAUUAUGUUCCGGCGGCUGAAGAAGCUCGGCAUCGACAAGACGGACCCGGACACUCUGACGACGGAGGAAAUUCGCCGGUUUGCCCGCCUGGACAUCGACCCGGAGACGAUUACGUGGAAACGCGUCCUGGACGUGAACGACCGUCACUUGCGCGGUGUUACAGUCGGCACGGCCCCGACGGAGAAGGGCCAGACCCGGGAGACGGGGUUCGAUAUCUCGGUUGCCAGCGAAUGCAUGGCGAUUCUUGCUUUGAGCACAAGCCUAGCUGACAUGCGCGAACGGCUGGGUCGCAUGGUUGUGGCUACGUCGCGGGCCGGCGACCCCGUCACUUGCGACGACAUUGGCGCGGGUGGUGCCCUGACGGCUCUGAUGAAGGAUGCCAUCAAGCCGAAUCUGAUGCAGUCGCUCGAGGGCACGCCGGUCUUCGUGCAUGCUGGGCCGUUUGCCAACAUCAGCAUCGGCAACAGCUCCAUUCUGGCCGACAAGCUGGCACUCAAGCUGGCCGGCACAGAGCCUGACGAGGACGCUUCGACCAAGGCGGGUUUUGUGGUGACGGAGGCCGGUUUCGACUUCACGAUGGGUGGCGAGCGUUUCUUCAACAUCAAGUGCCGGACAUCGGGACUUGUUCCUGAUGUGGUGGUUAUUGUGGCUACCGUACGUGCACUCAAAGUCCACGGUGGCGGGCCACCGAUUUCGCCGGGUGCGGCCUUGAAUGCGGUCUACCGUCAGGAGAACGUGGAGAUUCUGCGCAAGGGCUGUGUCAAUCUGCGCAAGCACAUUGAGAACGCCAAGAGCUACGGCGUGCCUGUGCUGGUGGCCAUUAACAAGUUCUCCAGCGACACCGAAGCCGAAAUUGCUGUCAUCCGCGAAGAGUCGAUGGCUGCUGGCGCUGAAGAUGCCAUUUUGGCGAACCACUGGGCAGAGGGUGGCAAGGGCGCGAUCGAUCUGGCUCGUAGUGUGAUUGCAGCGAGCGACUUGCCCAAGAACUUCCGACUUCUGUACGGCCUCGAGGACACGGUGCAGGAGCGGAUCGAGAAGAUCGCCAAGGAAAUGUACGGCGCGGCAGCGGUCGAGUUCAGCGAGCUGGCGCAGAAGAAGGUGGACACAUACACGCGCCAGGGCUUUGGAAACCUGCCUAUCUGCGUGGCCAAGACGCAAUACUCGCUGUCCCACGACCCCGACCUGAAGGGCGCUCCUACGGGCUUCACCAUCCCGAUUCGGGAUGUCCGCAUGGCUGCCGGUGCAGGUUACCUCUACGCACUUGCUGCGGACAUCCAGACCAUCCCGGGUCUGCCAACAGCACCGGGCUACCUCAAUGUCGAUGUCGACACAGAGACGGGCGAGAUUGACGGCCUCUUUUAG